GUGCUUGUGAAGUAUGCUGUGUUAUGUAUGGAUAAGUACAUGGAUAUGGAUGCAAGCAACUUAGCCAAGAAGACAUGACUGCACCAACAGCAGAAGAAAGGAAGACAUGUUGGGGAGCAAGAGAUAGAUACUGGAGAUGCUUAGAUGAACACAGUGAUGAUGCUUCUCAGUGCCAGAAAUUCAGGACUCAUUUUGAACAGAGCUGUCCAGCCAUAUGGCUUUUAUCAGAGAAUAUCGUAAGAAAUCACAGUGCGAUCAAAACACAGUAA